AUGGCACCUGCCAGCUUUGAGAGAGUACGACGAGCAGCAACAGAAGCAUUGGCAGCAGCAGCAGCAUCAUCAGCAGCAACAGCAGCAGCAGCAUCAUCACCUACACCGACGCCGAAUCCGACGACCCUCAGCACCAGUACCACCGCCAUCGUCGUCGUCGCCGUCGUCCUCUGCGCCGCGGCGGUCAUCAUGUCGGCGGCGCUGUUCUACCUAUUCGACCGCAAGAAGCACGCCCAGUUCCGCGAGGCGUGCAAGCGGGACCCAUACCUCACGCGCAAGGAGUUCUCGCGGCGCCGCAAGCUCAGCGCCCUCGAGCGCCUCGAGGAGGAGGAGAUGCAGCGCAACAUCAUGAUCCGCAAGUCGCUCGCCAUCCGCGAGCCCUCGAGGCGGAGCAGCUACGAGGAUUUCAGCCUCGCGAGGUUGCAGCAGCAGCAGCAGCAGCAGCAGCAGCAGCAGCUCCAAAACAGCCUCCGGCAGGAAUACAACUACGGGGGCCGGCCCGUGUCGGUCUGGAUGCCGCGGAUGAGGUCCGCGUCCGAGUUGUCGGCGUGGUCCUCGUCGGGCUCGUCUGCGUCGUCGAUGCGGCACACCUACAUCGAGCCCCAUCCAGGCGUCGAGGUCGACAUCUCGCUGACCCCGCGCUCGAGGUCGCCGUCGCCGUCGCCGAUCCGCACGCCGCGGGUCAGGGUGGUCGUGCCGCCGCCCGCAGUAUCGGAGAUGGACGAGAUUUCCUCUCCGGGACUCUCGAGGCCUUCGGAUGCCCCCGUGCACCUGUCUUGA